AUGCCAACUUAGGAAAAGUCUGUCUCACCGGAAGCCACCGAGUGACAGCUUGAUUUGUGUCAAGGGUCUCCUGGAUCUGUUAACGAGACCUAGUUAAGGGAACUGAUAAACAAAAUAACAUACGAGGAGUGAUAUGAAGAUCUGAUAAAACAACUCUAACAAUUUAACAGAAAAAAACACGUGUGCCUUUUUAAGAUAUUGACACAGAUAAAUGAGCCUAUAUGAUAUACCUGUGUCAGAUCAAGACCCUAAACCGAAGACCAUUAUUUCGGCAGGAAGUCAACUGAGAUAAAUAUGUGUGAUGCAGUGACGCGAACAAGAAACUUAAGUCACUGAGCAUUAAGGGAGAGAGCUGACUGACUGACUAACAUAGACGGAAACACGUCAACAUGGGACUGAAGCAGAGCAAGAAACGCUGCAGGAUUCUAACACUUGGGCUGCACGGCUCCGGGAUCACCACAGUGCUUCAUAACCUGCAGCUGGGCGAGGUCCUCACACUGACGCCAACUGUUGGUUUCGAUGUGGAGGUCGUGGAAUACGACAAAUUCUCUUUCUUGUCCUGGUACAUUGGCACUCCGAGUAAAAUGAUGCCACUGUGGCGGCACUACUACCCUGAAGCUGUCGGCAUCAUCUUCGUCAUCGACAGCAACGACCCGAAGGGGCUGGUCGAGUCUCGGUCAAGGCUAAAGGAGUUGUUGAAAUGUGACGAGCUUGCUGGACAUCCACUCCUGGUGUUGGCUAAUAAACAGGACCUGCCUCAAGCGGCCUCCGUCGAGAAGGUCACUGACAUCUUGCAGCUCCGUCACUUGGACCGACUCUGGUUCGUGCAGCCAACUUGUGCCAUCAAACCUUUUGGCAUUCAAGAAGGACUUGACUGGCUGCUUAACCACGUACCCAAGUGAUGACAGUCACAGUAAAUAUCCAAGGUGACUGUGUGAUAUUAAGUAACACUCAUGUAACUUUAUUACCUUGAGCAAAGUUUUGAAUUGAUGAAGUUCGAAAUGUCUUUGUUAUUGGUCUAUGGAGCUAGAUACCGCCUGCCUUUAUUGACCUCGGACACUGAUUAGAAAUUAAUGAUAAAAUAAAUAAUCGGGAUAGGAUGGUUUUUCACAGCUUCAGGUAUCUUUUGGAUACACCUGUUCAUACCCAGAUUAGUUCACCAGCAUCAUUAUGAUACUGUUGCUUGCUAAAGUGAGACGAUGGCUAAGUAGAUAUAGCAAUCGUCUUGUGACCCAAAGAUCUCGAGUUCGAGUUUUGCAGCCGGCCACUGGAUGCGGCGCCCCCAGUCAACCCAGCUGCAAAAUGGAUGCCUUAUUUGUCUGUUGGGGAAGAGAAAGACCUCAGAGUGCAGUGUUGGCCCAGAGUGUUAUCCACACCCCCCACUAGCGAAGCUUGGGUGCAUGGGGCCAACCCUCACUUCUCACCACGCGUUUAAAGCUUGUAUUUUAUCUCUAGUUCUCAUAUUGUAUUGAACCAAGUUUUUUAUUCAGACAACAAACUUCAGAUGGUGCAACUUUUAACAUGAUAUAGAACCUGAUAUAUUAAUAAGCUUCCUCCACCAAUCACAACUGUUCUUCUGCCUUAAUAGAAAAUAUUGAAAUAAAAUGAAAUAAUUUGGAAUCUUUGUUUCUCUAUCAUAACUUAAAUAAGAGAAGACAAACAACUUUGCUGAGGACAUAAACAGGUUAAUUUAUCACCAUCGAUAAUGUUGUUUCUUAAUCGUUUAAUACAUCUCACUAUUCUUACUUGUGUCUCAUGUUUGACCUGAAUAAUACUGAGAAUAUCUAUUUUAAGAUAACAACUAAGAGUAAAUAUUUAUAGCUCAAAUUAGUAAUAGUAUCCAAUAUUUAAACUAAAAAUACAUAUCCAGGAUUCAAACCGGGAUUAUCCAUAUCCAAAAUUUAAGAGUUAAUCACCUUUCACUUUACCACAUACCGUAAGUCUGUUUAAAAGGAAAAUUAUAAGUCUGCGUCUCUCGUGCACACACCAGACGUGGAGUAGAGGUAUUAACUUUCUCACCGGAAGGACCAAAACAAAACAAGGACGUACAUAUGGAUGGUUUAAGGGAACAUUUGGUGUUUUUGUUACAUAGGCACAGAGGCGCAGGGUAAGGAGCGGUGACCUGAGGAACAUGUAUCACCUGUUGUUCAUCUUAGAAAGUUUCUGAAUCUCUGGGUUCACGAAGAGGCUGGUGAGGCGACAGGACUUUUGUUAGCGAGUGUACAUACGUAGUGUGGUAUUUAAUUGUAUUUUAUUUGCCAUUAGAUCUAAGACGUGUGUGUGUGUGUGUGUGUGUGUGUUGUUACGACCGUGUCGUAUUUUUCUAU